GAGCCAUCACUGCUCGCACCGUCGAAAUUUGCCCUCCUUGUAGGAACUGAACCCUUCAGACACUAUUUGCACUCAAUCCGCGCAACAUGUACAUGCGACAACAGCCCAGUCAUCGACUUGAAGAUAAUACCAGAAUCCAUUCGUCUGGAUUUCAAUUCACUAUGUAGAGAGGAAUCUGGAUCAUUCCUCCCUCAUACCCUCAAAACUUGGGCAGAAGCUCAUCACGAGAGUAACAGCUUCGCUCGUGCUGUAUCUUCCCGCCCAGAAAAUUUGUGGCUCCCACCAUCCUCAUCGAAUACGAGCAUUCUCCCAACUGACCCAGGGGCUCUAUCGUGGAUUUAUGAAAGAAUGCAGGCGCUGAAGCACUGGAGGACACGUGAGUAUGCAAUGAGCGAGGCGAUGGUCCGAGCCCCGGUGGAUGUCCUAAUAUCAUUGGGCUGCUACCAUGGGAGUGGUUGUGGCGACAGUCACUUUGGGUAUGACGUUGAUCUUUUAUGGAGCAGAAGCUGAGAAUAUCUAGAG